CAGACCCGCACGGCCGCACCGCACCCAUCCGCUCUUCUUCUUCCGCACGGACCGCGCCCCUCCGCCCUACCCUACGGCAAAAUCUCCGCUCGCCAAAUCGGCGAAUCCAUGGUGGCCGCAGCCGCCGCUUGGGAGUGCCACCCGUGGACGCCGGGCGCGUGUUGCUGAAGGUCGCCUUCUAGUCGGACCGGGGGCGCUGUGCGUUUGCUGGGUGCGCCGUUGGUUCUUGUCUGGGUCGCAGCCAUGGCUGUACGGAUCUAAGUCUCCGCCGUAUAAAAGUCUCCGCUGUAUGGACUCCGAAGGGAACGCGGCAGACUGAUGGCAGAACAAAAUUUUGAAUAUAUAAUAAAAUAAUAAGGGCUAGAUAGAGCAGAUUGAAGGCAGUCAGGAUUAAUAAGGACGAAUAUAUGAACCAGUCUGGAUAGAGCAGAUUGAAGGCAGUCAGGAUUAAUAAGGGCUGAUAUAUGAACCAGCCGAUCUCCAAACGACACCGUCCAGUGGCACCGGAGGUCGGUGGUGGCAGCAUGAUUCCAGAUGAGGUGCUGCUGUUCGAGAUCCUGGUGCGCCUUCCUGUGAAGUCCCUUGUGCGCUUCAAAUCUGUUUGCAAGGCGUGGUGCGCCACCAUAGCCAGCGCUCAUUUCGUCCGCCUGCACUUGGAACUUGCAAGAGCUAGAAGCUCAUCAUCCAUGGUCAUAGUCCCUCGGAAGGAGCAGCCGAGACCGACAAAGCUGGCCUCUGGUUUCGUCCACAUCUUCAGCUUCCGGCCAGCACGGCAAAGCAAUGUCGCCAAGCUCAUUAUGAAGAGCAAGCCUCGUCCUGGUGGCAUCCCAUAUUUCACCAUCCCCCUGCACUGCGAUGGACUGAUUCUGAUCCCCAGCGUUACAGGGCACAUAUUUGUGUGCAACCCGGCCACCAAGGAGUUUGUUGAGUUGCCACGGGGCACCCGGAAUGUGGCAUUGGACCAAAGGGUCGCCUUCGGCUUUGAUCCUUCCAGUGGUACGUAUAAGGUGGCUAGGCACUUCUUGCGCUCAUACAGUGAAGGGCAAAAACGUACAGAAUACGAUGUUGGACAUGAGGUCUUGACGCUUGGCGAUGGCAUAGAGACGUUGGAAUGGAAAGCAACCAUUGAUCCACCUUACCCUAUCAAGGGCAGGACUCCUAUUUGCUUGCCAGGAUUCUUCUAUUGGAGUGCAGUCCAGUCUGUGGCUGACGACGCUGACCACAGCAAGCUCGACACAGAUGUUAUCCUCCGAUUCAGCAUGCGCGAUGAUACGUUCACUGUGCACCCCAAUCCUCCAUGCAGGAGCUACCUAAGUACCAAUGACCUUCUGUGUGAGCUAAGUGGCAAUCUGUGCUAUGUCCACUCCCCCUCCUCUCGUGAAGUCUCCAUUUGGUUAGCACAAGAUGGACAAAACAUAAUAACAUGGUCACUACGUUGUCGUGUCAAUCUGCCCGUACCAAGGCUUCUUCGUGUUUAUGCUUGUGCUUCAGCUGAUCAAGGCACAAUAUUCCUCUCUGUGGAUGCUCUUCACCUUUUGAAGUGCAACCUCCAUGAUGGAUCUCUUGAAACAGUGGUCAGUAUGCCAUUUAACUUGGUGUAUGUUCACGGGAAAGGGGUAAAUUUUAUCUAUCAGGGACACCCUUUUUCGCAUUACAUGGUGCCAUAUGUGGAAUCUUUGCUACGGAUUGGACCAUGCUAAUGUUAUUAAUACCAAGUUGGUUAGGGUCCUUGCGGUGGGAUUUAUCCACCCGGAUUGAAGUCUUAGCAGCCUGGGAAUGGGAACAUGAUUCUCGUUCCUGUUCUCAUGUUCCACAUUCCAGGAAUGUAGACGUUCCUGAAACGCCAAUGUUCCCGUUAGGUUGAGUGUGUGUACGCGUUGAACGUCUGCAUCUAUACUUGUGUAAUUCACAAAAAUAAAUAAAAGAAAGGGUAUGCUUGAAUGCGGCUUGUAUGUUAUCAAUAGAUGUGGGUGUGUUGUAAGCUGUUUGUAACAAAAUUACUAUCCUCUUUUUUCGGCAAACAACAAUUAAUUCAUAUGUGUUCUCUCU